CAGCUGAGCUAGGAAACUUCAAGGUCCCAGCUUUCCAAUCUCCUCAACCGACUGAAAUUUUCAUUUUACUUUCGUCUAUAAAUUGCAGUGAAGCAAAAAUUUCGGUUUUAUCCCGCCAUUUCUCUCUCUACUCUUUCAAAUUUCAAAUUUUGAAUUUCGAAUUUCAAACUUUUCCUCAUUACGCAAAAAUGGUGAACUCUAGAAACUUUUCUUAUGUGUUUCUUCAUCUUCAUUCAGUUCUUCUUCUUCUUCUUCUUCUUCUUCUUCUUCUUCUUCAUCGAUCUGCUAAUUCGAUCUCUGAUCUACUUUUUGAUUUAGGUUGUGGCACAGAAACUCAAGGAAGCAGAAAUUACAGAACAGGAUUCUCUAUUACUGACGAAAAACCUGCUUCGUAUUGCGAUAUUCAACAUAAGCUACAUCAGAGGGCUUUUCCCUGAAAAUUACUUCAAUGAUAAAUCAGUUCCUGCUUUAGUUUCAUUUAGCUAUUCGAAUUCUGACAGUGAAGAGGUGAUGAUGAACAUAAGUCGUACUGGAAAUAAGAAACAAGGAGCAACAUUCAAGUCUAAUGGCAAUACAGACAUUACACCAAACCAAAUGAGGAGUUCUGCUUGUUAAAUGGUCCGAACUCUGGUUCAAUUGAUGCGAACACUGGACCGUAUGCCAGAAGAGCGUACCAUCUUGAUGAAGCUUCUUUUGUAUGAGGAUGUCACUCCUAUAGACUAUAAGUCUCCAUUCUUCAUAGGCUGCUCAGAACAAGAAGCUAACAAUCCAUGGUUGAAGAACCCUCUCAAAAUGGAAAUCGGAAAUGUUAACAGCAAACAUUUCGUACUAGCUCUCAAGGUCAAAAGCAUCCUGGAUCCAUGUCAAGAUGAAAACAAUGACAUGAAAGCUGAUGAGGUAAUCAGAUUGGGUGUUGAUUCAACGCCAACAACUGAUCCUUUAGAUUCAGAUAGCGAGAUGAGCCAUUCAGCAAAUGAUGACGACGGGUACAUUGUAGCUUCUGUAGCCCGAUCACUUGAAAACAAUGGCAUGGCGGAUCAUGAAGAUGAUACACGGGAUGCAGAAGAGGACGAACAUCAGCUAAAACAUGUAAGAGACUGGAUUAGCUCUCACCACAUUGACAAUGUUGAACUGACUGAUGUUUUCUCUAGCUUCCCGGACAUAUCAGUGGCUCUGACUGAAGAAAGCAUGGAUAAACUUGUAUACCAAAAUAUACUGUCAAGAACAGGAAAGGAUUCUUACUCCAUCGGCAAGCUGAAGAAAUCCAAUCAGGCAAUUGUCUUGAAGGAAGAGAUGGAUGUACAAGUAAACCAAGUUGAUGAGAAAGUUCAGCAAGGGAAUGAUGAAGACUACUUGUACUUGAAGGCUCUGUAUCAUGUCCUUCCACUGGAUUAUGUUACAGUAUCUAAACUUCAAAGUAAGCUGGAAGGAGAGGUAAAUCAGGCAACUGUGCAUAAAAUGUUCGAUAAGAUGGCUUGUGAUGGGUAUGUGGAAGCCAAGAGCAAACCAAGAUUAGGUAAACAUGUCAUUCGAUCUGAAUUGACUGACAAGAAGCUACUUGAGGUCAAGAAUGUUUUGGAGAUCAAGUUAUCGGCAAUAGAUACAAGUGAACCUCAAAACGUAUCAACCUGCGGUGGUCUCCACUCUGUUGGUUCUGAUCUUACUAGAACUCGUGAAAGAUCAGCCGAAACUCAUCAGAUGGGAUCAUCUAGAAUUCAGGAGCUGCUUGGAAACAACACAUCCAUCCGCAGAAAUGAGGGUUUUCUUAUCUAUGUUAAUUUCCUCUGUAAUAAGACCUUGGUCCUUGAGGUUCUGAGCUCAGAAUCCGUUCAUACCGUGAAAGCCAAGAUUCACUUCAAGGAAGGGAUCCCUCCAUCACAACAGUGCUUGUUUUUUCGCAGUAAAGAAUUGACAGAUGGAACGCUCGCUGAAUACUGUAUAACCAAAGCCUCGACUCUUCAUAUUCUCCUUUGCCUUCGUGGAGGAGGUAGUCGAAAGAAAGAACAGAAAAAGGCACGAAAGAGAACAUAUGGAAAACAGGAGGAGCAAGAAAAGGCUGAGAGGAUAACACAGGAGCAGGCCCAAAAAGCAGACAAAAAAGAUAAAAAAGACAAAAAGAAAAAACAGCAUGAGGAGAAUAAGAUAAUGCAGGAGAAGAAUGAUAUCGUUCUGUCUAUCUGGAGAGCUCACUGGGAUGCGAAAUAUGAAUCUGACGAGAGGUUUCUGGAUGAGGAAUCUUUGGAUGUUAAAAGGGAAAUACAACUGCAGGAGACUGAAGAAAUUACGAAUAAUAUAAUGGCGGAGGAGAUAAUGGUUCUGUCUAUCUGGGAAACUCGCUGGGAUACCGCAUAUGAUUCAGACAAGAAGUUUCUGGAGGAGGAGUCUCUGAAUGAAGGAAAAAGACAGCAGGAGGAGACUGAAGAAAUCAAUAGUAAGAUGAUGCCGGAGGAGAAUAAGAUAGGUCUGUCAAACUGUGAAGAUCUAUGGGAUGUUAAGUAUGAUACUGAUGAUUCUGACGAGAAGUUUAUGGAGGAGGCAUCUUUUGAUGGGAUAGAUAAACAAUUAAUGUCGAUGGAUCUUAACUCAAUGUCAGCGUUGGAAGUGUUUGAUUGGAUACGUGAAUGGGAUAACAAAUAUGUUGACGAAGUUCUUGAGGAAGAAUCUCUGGAUGAAAACAGCAGCGGAGGAAUUAGUGUCAGAUUUCGAUGGACCCCUUCACAGGAGUAUGUUAGAAUUGCAGGUGUUGGAGGAGGCUCGCGAGGAGCUUAUGGGCAGGUCAUUGCACGUCAUGCCAAAAAUAACAGCAGCAACGAUAUGCCAGAAUUGCUGCCACUAUGGAAGGUAUUGCAUAGUGGUUAACACGUAAGUGUGUCGGUGUCUUAUUAGUGAGUUGUAUCAAGAGAGGAAUGAGUGAGUAUAUUUUGAAAGCUGUUUGUUCGACUUAGGCGAAAACAAUUCGUUUUAUUUUGAAAGCUGUUUGUUCCCAUCGCAGUAGGACCUCCUGUAUUAUUCACACGGAUUGUCUUAAAUUUGUUCUAGAUAGUAAUUCCAAGGA